AUGCCCCACUCCACUCCUUGGGGCAGUGGCCGUGGCUCCAAGGAUUACUCUCGAGUUGAGCCCAACUGUCAACAUGCUGCCGCCAUCCCCUCUUCACUCCUCUCUCCCCCCCAACCCGCUCCCCCCAUUCCUGAGCGGGCCGCUGAGGAGCUGGAAGCGGGCGGCGGAGCGGACCCCCUACCUGUGGCUGCCCCGAGUCUGUGCGGGCCGCUGAGGAGCUGGAAGCGGGCGGCGGACCCCACGAGCGGCAGUCCCAAGGGGUUUGGGUUCUGCGAGUUUGAGACGGCUGAUGGGGUGCUGCGCGCCCUGCGCCUGCUCAACCGCCGCCAGAUCGAUGGGCAGAACCUGCUGGUGGGUGCUGUUGGGGAUUUGAACGUGAAUGCAGCCACGAGGGAGUACCUAGAGCGGGUGGUAACUUCCAGGAAAGCCUCCUUUGCCGCCCUCGAAGCUUCCCGGAAAGGGGUGGCUGAUCAGGGCAGGAAGGCUGGAGGGGAGGGUGAGGCCGACGGGGAAAAGGCGAUUGGGAAGGACGAGACGAGUGAGGAGGCUGAUGGGGUGAAGGCAGGGGAAGCGGGAGGGGAGGCGAAGAAAGAUGAGGAGGGGAAGGGAGGGAGCAAGGAAGAGGGCAAGGAUGAGAAGGAUGAGGAGGGAGAGGAGAAGGAAGAGGAGGAGAGGAGGAAGGAGGAGGAGGCGAAGGUGUUUGGGCUGGUGACGCCUGAAGAUAAGGACAAGGAUGAGGCUGCUCUGGCGAAGCUUGAUGGCAUGCUGCAGGAGAGGGCGAAGCUGCUGCCACCACCACCGCCACCGCCUCUCAAGGAUGCGAGCAAGGAGAAUGACACGUCUGCUGCUGAAUCAAGUGAACAAGGUGACGGGCACAGACGGGAGGGCAGAAAGAGAGAGAGGGAAGAUGCUGAUUCUGACGAUGAUGCUGGCCACGAGCGGGCGAGGGAGGAGGAGGAGGAUGCGAGGGACAGGGAGAAGGAGGAGAGGGAGAGGGAGGAGGCGAAGGAGAGGGAGGAGCAGCAGAGGAGGGAGGCAGUGGCGUUUGUGAGCGAGGUGGUGGGGGAGGCCAGUGUGCUGCUGGGAGGCCAAGCUGCUGGUGCAGCAGGUGCGGAGGCAGCAGCACCGGGGGGUAUGGCGGGUGAUGAAGGUGGGGUGGGUGGUGCAGACGGAAUUGGAGCAGGCGGGUUGAUCAAGAGCGAAGCGACCAAUGGUCUCGCAGACCUCCUGCCGUCCCUCCACCCGCCUUCUGCCGCUCCUAUUGCAGCGGCUGGUUCCCCUGGAGGGGCGCAGGCAGGGCAGGUGGCGGGAAGCGAGGGAGCAGGGGGGUCGCAGCAGGGAGGGAGGGGCAGGGAGUCGGAGGUGGAUGCGCUGGUGCGAGCCGUGGCUGCCCAUGCCAAGGACAGAGAGGGUCGAGCAGCACCGGCACCGUCCAAGAAGUCGCGCACGCUGGCAUCGGUGUUCGGGGCAGAGGAGGACGAGGAGGAGCUGGCACGCAAGAAACUUCGCCCUCUCGUUCCCAUCGACUAUGACGAUGGGGGUAGCGAUGGUGCUGCUGGCACUGCUGCUGCUGCUGCCGGUGGUGGUGGGCAUGGGGGUUCCUCUCUCGCCCCCCCAGCUGCUGCUGCUGCUGCUGCUGCUGGUGCAGGAGGUCUGGCGACCAGCAUUGCUGCGGCGGCUGAGUUUGCCAAGCGACUGUCGCAGGGAGGCGGGGCGGGCAAGGAGGAGGAGAGGAGGAGGAGCGGAGGGGGAGAGGCGGGUGCAGGUGGGGGAGAGAAGGCGAAGGCGAGACCGAAGGCGGUGGUGGAUGUGAAGUCGCUGAUCGACUCCAUUCCCAAGAGCAAGGACGAGCUCUUUGCCGUUCCCAUCAACUGGACCGUCUAUGAUGAGAGCGCCCUGCACCAGCGCAUGCGGCCGUGGGUGGCACGGAAGAUCCGGGAGUUCCUGGGGGAGCCCACGCUGGGCUCGUCGACUUCCCCUCACCACCCUCACCCGUUCCCCGCCCUGCACCAGCGCAUGCGGCCGUGGGUGGCACGGAAGAUUCAGGAGUUCCUGGGGGAGGAGGAGCCCACCCUGGUGGACUUCAUUCUCUCCAAGACGCAGCAGCACGUGGGCGGGGCGGCGCUGCUGGGGCUGCUGGAGCCGAUACUGGACGAGGAGGCGGAGAUGUUUGUUCUCAAGAUGUGGCGCAUGCUCAUCUUUGAGAUCAGGCGCGUUGAGAUGGGGCUCACUGGGAGGGCUGGCGCUAAGUAG